AUGGCCAUUUGUGACUUUAAUAUGAUUUUUACAUAUGUCAUAGCUGGAUGGGAAGGGGUGGCACAUGAUUCAAGGGUACUUAUGGAUGCUGUACUUGAUCCAACAAAGAAAUUUCCGUUGCCCCCUCCUGAUAAAUAUUAUCUUGUUGAUGCUGCUUAUACUCACACAAGAGGAUUUAUGGCACCAUACCGUAAUGUUCGGUAUUGGUUGGGUGACUUUCGUAGUGCUGGGCGGCCUACUAGUAAAGAAGAAGUUUUUAAUCAUAUGCAUGCAAAGUUACAGAAUGUAAUCGAAAGGUCUUUUGGCGUGUUGAAGGCGCGUUUUGCAAUUUUGAAGCGGAUGACACCAUAUUCCUUCCCGACGCAAAGAGACAUAGUUAUUGCAUGCAUGACACUACACAACUACAUCAGAAAAGAAUCCAUCUCCGAUCCACUCUUCUAA